CGGCAAUCGAACACAUCAACGACGAAGAAGUGUUAUCUUCACCCACAACGGAUCCCGCGUAGCCAACAACUCAUCUCGGAUCCCUGCCGGCCACGAUUCGUAAUUCACACCAGGCAUCUUCUCAAACCGGAACACUUUCAUCACGGGCCCGAUCGAGAACGGGAUGAACCCAGCGAGAUUGUGCGUGAAUCUGUGGGCUUCUGCCGGCAACCACCGGUCGGGAUUGAACUCCUCCGUCUGAGGAAAAAAGCACUCGGGCCGUCGGUGCAUAGCGUACGGGGGUAUGCAGAUGUUGGUGUCAGGCGGGAUGAACCUUCCCCCGACGACUUUGCCGCCCGUUCUCGUCCCAUUCGUCAAGACCGGUGGAUGAAGUCGCAGAGUUUCAUUUCUAACCCGCAAUCAGAACGCGACGGGACAGAGAAGAGAAUCCACGCACAAGCACGCUGCCAAGUAAUGCAGCUGGGGAUGCCUGCUGGUGUUAUAAACAACUUCCGUCUUGUAUACAUCCAAAAUCUCUUUCUGGAGUCGGCUGUAGCAAUCCGGAUUGCACAACAGGAACCAGAAAAAGCUACUCAGUGUGGCAGCGAUAGUAUCAGCACCCGCCAUAAUCACGGAUUCCCCAUCGACAGCUUCGAUCUCGGUCUAGAUGAGUUAGAAUAUGGCGAUCAAAAGAGCCACUAUGAAACUGACUAGAUAAUGCAGAAAGUCCUUGGCCCAGAUUGUCUCCUUUGCCGUUCUUUGAGUCAGCAAAGAUUCGGUAAACGGCUCGAUAUCAGACGACAACAGUCGCAUAGCCCAGGGAAUGUGACCUAGCCAGUUUCGUCGA